CAAGUGUUUCCUAUCAUACACUCAUGUUAAAACAAAUUAAAUAAAUAUAAAAUUCAUCUUAAAUAUAUUUUGUGAUAUCCUAAUCCAAUUUUUCUUUUCAAAUGCAAGUCCCAAAGAUUGCUAUAACAUGACAAUAGAUAGGGGACUUGGUGGACCCUGCUCUUUAACUUUUCUCUCAAACCUACUUUCUUCUCACGUGUCAUAUAUUUUCAAAGGUUACUUGGUAUUUUAUGGAAUAGCUUAAGUUCUUUUCUCUCUAGAAUUGGAAAAUGUAUAUGCAAACUACGUUGUAUUUUUGAACAGUUCAGAAAAUUCCACAGCACAGCAGUUAAUAUAGAUAUCUAAAAGAACAAGCGAAGUUCAAAAUCAAUAAUCACAAAAAAUGGCCGUAUUUAAUCCAAAUCAUUCAAAUUAAAAAGAAAAAAACUCGAACUUCCUUUGGAAAAAAAGUAGGGAAAUGAAUUUGCAUAGAUCAGAUAAAACGUGAUUGGUGUGAAAACAAUUAGGCAAUUAGGACAAUACUCUCUCCUUUCCCACUGCAAAACGAAGAAAAAGACAUUUAAAUACUAUUAUGAGCUGGUGGACUUCGAUUGACAUUAACUACACAGCUAAAUAUUCCAAAGAUAAAUAAGAAAUUAACUAAUGCCAGACAUGAAUAGUGUCAUAUUUUGACGGGACAUCUUAAAAAUCAUAUUAUCCAUUAAAAAGUACUGGUGAGAUAAAUAAAUUCAAACGGUGAAGUUGAUUUCUACAAUGACAGUGUAAAUUAAUUAACAGGUUAAACAUGUCAUAUGAUCAUAUGCCCUCCUGGGGAUACAUGGAAAUAUUAUUCAUAUAUCAUCAUUCAUUAAACUUAAUUAUUUAUUUUAAAAUUUUAUAAAAUCCUUCUUCUCCAAACAUUAUCGGACUUGUUAAUUAUUAUAUUUUCUAAAGCUUUCCCUAAAGAAUAUUAUAGCUCAUGUCUAAAUUAUUUAGUACAACAAAAUGUAAAUAAUUGAAGCUGAAUAAUUUGGUUGAAGCUAUUCUUUCUUAUCCUUCUAUUGACUUCAGAUGAUAAACUAAUCAAAUAAGCUCCACAUUCUGUUACAUGCUUACAGGUCUUUCCCAACAAAAAAAGAAUGCCGCGUACUUUCUAUAUGAGUCAAGAAAAAACAUCCAAAAUUUUUUAGAAUCUCAUCUUAAUUAAAGAAAACAAGUUGCUGUCGAGCAAUUCCAUGGCAAUCCUUUGAACAUGAUCGUGUACAAGAUAUUGCAUGUGAGUCCUCGCGCAUUGGUGAGGAAAAAUAUGAGGGUUUUUUUCCUCUCUUUUGAAUUUAGUAUUGUGGAAUCCACAUGACCUAAUGUCUUAAACUGAACAAAUUAUUCUGUGCGGAGUCCGGACGUCGUGGAGACCAAUAAAAAUGCAACACGUCACCCUAAAAGUGUACCGUGCUCGGUACCGAGCACGGUACCACUCGAUACCGGACAAGAACCGUCCGUUGCCCACACAGAAUAAUCUUUAAAUGGACGAGAGAGGGGCAUGUACUAGAAAAGAGAAGGAGAAACUUGCUUUCAUUUUUCAACGGAUCAAGGGAGUUUCAGAAUCUUGAGAUUGAAUAUACAUAUAUUUGACUUAUUCGUAGCAUUGGAAAGUGUUCAGUUGCCAUCCAAAUAAAAAAAUGUAACGGCCUACCUAGAUGCCGGCCUAGAAUGGAUUUGCGUUCAAAAUUGUUCGAAAUAUUCCAUGGGGUGAAUAUUAUAAUACAAGAAUGGAAAAUGAGUCGGUAACCCCUAUAUGAAGCUAAACGUGUAGUCUUUUUGAGACUAUCCUCACUGGAUUUAAAAAAUGUUCAAUGGUUUCAUGCGAAGGGUCAAAUAAGUCUUUCUAUAAGAUUAAUAAUUCUAACAUGCCACCUUGGCAGUCGUCUUAAGCAGUUAGAUCAUGAUUAUAAGGAGCAGUGCUCAAGCAAAAUAUAAGCCAAGCCUUCGGAGGAGGAGCACAUGUGAAGCCAUUUAUUUACUAGAUAAUUUGCUGAGUUCCUUACGGAAAAAUCUUCCUUGUAGCAAAUUGAGUCUCUUUUUUACAACUUACUACAUGUUGUAUUUUGCAAUAAUCUUCUGUUUGAGAUUCUCCUUAGUCCUGAGUCAAUUCAUUUUGAGUCUUCUACAAAGAUCACCACUUGCUUUUUGCUUAUAGCUUGAAUUCAUUAUUUGAAGAAAGCUUGAAGUGCUAUCUUUGAGGUUAAGAAAGUUCUCACCUAGUUUUGGAUUUUCACAAGUCAGAUAUUUGUAGUCCAUCUACUAGAUUCUCCUAAGCUCAAAGCUUACAGUCCCACCACUAGUUUAACGCUUCAUUGAAACCCAAACAAGCAUUUAGAGCUUGUUUGGGUGUUCCUUUGGAGUACAUAGUGAAGGUUUAGAGGCAUGGAGGAGAAUAAUGAUAUGGAUAAGGUUGAUGAGGUCAUGCUUCCAGGUUUCCGAUUUCAUCCAACGGAUGAGGAGUUGGUAGGGUUCUAUCUGAGGAGAAAGAUACAGCAGAAGCCUCUUUCCAUUGAGCUCAUCAAGCAACUGGAUAUCUACAAAUACGAUCCAUGGGACCUACCGAAGAUGGCAACAACGGGUGAGAAGGAAUGGUACUUCUACUGUCCGAGGGAUAGGAAAUACCGCAACAGUGCGAGGCCCAACAGAGUUACCAGCGCAGGAUUUUGGAAAGCCACGGGAACAGACAGGCCUAUCUAUUCAUCUGAGGGAGUAAAAUGCAUAGGCCUGAAGAAAUCUCUUGUCUUCUACAAGGGAAGAGCAGCAAAAGGGAUCAAAACGGAUUGGAUGAUGCAUGAGUUCAGACUACCAUCUCUCAAUGAUCACUCGAUUUCAAAAAGAUCAAUGGAUAAGAAUUUCAUUCCAGCCAAUGAAGCAUGGGCCAUUUGCAGGAUCUUCAAGAAGACAAACACCGCAGCACAUAGAGCACUCUCUCACUCCUGGGUAGCUUCACUGCCAGAAGCUACAGAUUUUCAUAAGUUUUCUCUACCGUACGCUAUAAAUGUUGCACAAUUUGGAUCAGAGAACAUCUCAUGCGCAAGAGAAAUUGGUUCUUUGAUCCAGUUUGGUUGCAGCAGUGGCUUCGAGCAGCAUACUAAUGCAGUAACUUAUCCUUCCUUGGAUGUUCCUACCUUCAAGCCAAUAAACUGGAUCAACUGUUUGUCACCUGAAAUGCCCACAACCUUCACGUUCUCCCCUCAAGAAACAUCAAAUGAUUCCAAGCCUUCAAUCGAUGCGACCUCCAUGCUUCCCAACGUAUCAGCUGCAGUACUUCGAGAUCUGGAGAAACCUUCUCCAAGCAUAAACUUUGGGCAGCCGCAGCAGUCUAGUGGAUUCACUGCUACUUUUCCUUUAGAAGAUUAUAGGAACUUGGGAAUUGAAGAAGAAGUUAUGAUGGUCAAGAAGACUACAAGUAGUAUGUGCGUUAGUAAUAAUCAGUUGGGAAAUAUGAGGACUAUGAACUUGCCCUUCAACCUAGAACCAAAUCCUUCUGAUGAGUGGAAACCGAAUCUUCCAUGGGAUUCUAUGUUUUUCCCAAGUGAGAUUUCAGCGGGUUAUUCUACCAACAAAAGUGAUACUUAAAUUUGAGGUUAUUUUGUUGCCUCCGUCCAUCUGUUAGCAUUUCUGUUAGCAUGGAUAGACAUAUUGCAUGUGGAGACAAAGCUAUAAAUUGAUGUAUAUACUUACUGUAAAGCGUGUUAACAGCAAAGCUAACAGAUUGAGAAGGAAAUGUAUUUCCAUUUUA